AUGUUGGGAUAUGUGCGUACCUGGAGUCCCGUGACGAAUCGGCCGGUCUCUGGCAUGCAACUAGAGCUGAAGACUGCAGAUGUCCAAGAUGUGGACAAUGAUGCCAGGAAAAACAGAGUAGCGCCACCGUCAGUCAGCAGGGAGUUAGUGGGUGGUAUCCUUGCUAUGAAAAAUACACCUCACAGUUAUUCACAUCUGUCACUCCUCAUUAACUCGGCCGUGAUUAUCGAUAGGAUAACCAUGAUGCUGGAGGUGAUUACAACACAUUGA